AUGCAUCAGAAGCGCGUUGCCGCCGGCAUCAUCGCCGCCUUUGCCGCCGUUGCCACGGCCGAGUCGGACGUCGCCUCUCUGACCAAGGACACCUUCAAGGACUUUGUCAAGGCCAACGACCUUGUCCUGGCUGAGUUCUUCGCUCCGUGGUGCGGCCACUGCAAGGCCCUCGCCCCCGAGUACGAGGAGGCCGCCACCUCCCUCAAGGAGAAGAACAUCAAGCUCGCCAAGGUCGACUGCACCGAGCAGGCCGACCUCUGCCAGGAGUUCGGUGUCGAGGGCUACCCCACGCUCAAGGUCUUCCGCGGCCUCGAGGACGUGAAGCCCUACAAUGGCCAGCGCAAGGCUGAUGCCAUCCACUCCUACAUGGUCAAGCAGUCCCUGCCUGCCGUCUCUCUCCUGACCAAGGACACCCUUGAGGACUUCAAGACGGCCGACAAGGUCGUCCUCGUCGCCUACAUUGCCGCCGACGACAAGGCCUCCAACGAGACCUUCUCCAAGGUCGCCGAGACCCUCCGUGACGACUACCUCUUCGGUGGCGUCAACGACGCCGCCGUGGCUGAGGCCGAGGGUGUUAAGUUCCCCUCCAUCGUCCUCUACAAGUCCUUCGACGAGGGCAAGAACAAGUUCGAGUCCAAGUUCGAGGCCGAGGCCAUCACCGAGUUCGCCAAGACCUCCGCCACUCCCCUGGUUGGCGAGGUCGGCCCCGAGACCUAUGCCGGCUACAUGUCGGCCGGUCUCCCCCUGGCCUACAUCUUCGCCGAGACGCAGGAGGAGCGUGAACUCCUGAGCCGGGCCCUCAAGCCCAUCGCCGAGCAGCACAAGGGCAAGAUUAACUUCGCCACCAUCGACGCCAAGCAGUUCGGCGCCCACGCCGCCAACCUGAACCUCAAGACCGACAAGUUCCCCUCGUUCGCCAUUCAGGACACCGUCAAGAACCUGAAGUUCCCCUUCGACCAGGAGAAGGAGGUUGCCCACGACCACAUCGCCGACUUCGUCAAGAGGUACGUCGAGGGCAAGAUCGAGCCUAGCAUCAAGUCCGAGCCCAUCCCCGAGAAGCAGGAUGGCCCCGUCACCGUCGUCGUCGCCAAGAACUAUGACCAGAUUGUCCUCGAUGACAAGAAGGAUGUCCUGAUUGAGUUUUACGCUCCCUGGUGCGGCCACUGCAAGGCUCUGGCCCCCAAGUACGACCAGCUCGGCAGCCUGUACGCCGAGAGCGAGUUCAAGGACAAGGUCGUCAUCGCCAAGGUCGACGCCACCGCCAACGAUGUCCCCGACGAGAUCGCUGGCUUCCCCACCAUCAAGCUCUUCCCUGCUGGCGCCAAGGACGCCCCUGUCACUUACAGCGGUGCCCGCACCGUCGAGGACCUCAUCGAGUUCAUCAAGGAGAACGGCAAGCACAAGGCUGCCGUCUCCGUCAAGGAGGAGGGCACCGAGGAGGCUGCCCCCGCCGCCACGGAGAAGGAGACCAAGGAGGCCAAGGAGGAGAAGGAGGAGGAGCACGACGAGCUGUAA